AAACUUGUGCGGCAGCGCCGAGUCAUUGGCAUGUGACCAGAAAAAGGGCAGCGCCGCCAUGUGGAUGGUGGAAUGGAAUUGGAACUGGAACUCUCUACUCUCCUUGUGGGUAGCGAGCGUGCUGCCCAUACCAUACAUAAAACAGAUGAGCCCAAAUAAGCUGCAGAUGUGGCUGCUGGCUGCAACCUGAUCUCACGCACCUCCGCGCAAGCCCCGCAGCCCGUAAAAGUCCGACGGGUACGGGGUACCUUGGGGGCACAUUUGCGAGGCAACCCGACCAUGUGCCACAGUACACGAAGCUAUGGCUUCCAUGUACGCGCUCCAUUUCCGAGACGACGUGGCCACCGUCUCCGGGCCGUUGCGGCGGAGCCACGCGACGAGUCACGACAUUAACCCCAUGCAUAUGCGUCCUCUCUGAUCUUUGGCUCUCUUCUCAGUUCUGAACUUAUCAUCGCCGGUGCAAAUCCUCUCCACGCCGGUGCAACCAUUUACCUGCUGUCCUGUCUAUCUAGCUCAGCUCAGCACAGCUCAGGAGACGCCGCCGACUAUACAAGCAGAGUGCAUACUUUUUUUUUUUUGCGAGGAAAACAGAGUGCUUACUUCGUUUAUUCUAUAUAUUUGAAUCUCGGCAUCCACGGCCGGAGUCAUCCUUUCUCUGAGUCGGCAAUGGAGCACGACGUCGCGCACGGUGCAGGCGGCGCUGUCCCCGCAGGCGAAGAAGCGUUCGAGGUAGCUCAUCAGUUGCUGGCGCAGGAGGAGUUCAGCGACUCGGAGUCCAUCCAGAUCUCCGACCUGAAGCGCCGCAUGUGGAGGGACCAGAUGCUGCUCAACAGGCUGGAGUGCCGCGCGGACGUCUUCAGUGCCGCCGGCGGGGCGGGGCCGUCUUCGUCCAGGCCGCUCGGGCCACCGACCGCGGGCGCGCACGGGGAGGACGAGGAGGAGGAGGAGGAGGUGGAGGCCCCCGAGGUGCGGUGCCGGCGCAAGGCGAUGCUGCGCGCGCAGGACGGCGUCCUCCGCCACAUGCUCAAGAUGAUGGAGGCGUGCAACGCGCGCGGGUUCGUGUACGGCGUCAUCAACGAGGCCGGCGAGCCCAUGUUGGGCUCCUCCGACAGCCUGCGCGGCUGGUGGAAGGACAACGUCAGCUUCGACCGGGCCGGGCCCAUGGCGCUCGUCACGGCGCCCACCGGCGAGAGCCCGCCGGGGCCCGCGUCCUGCCUGCACCGCCUCCAGGACAUCCAGGACAGCACGCUGGGGUCCGUGCUCUCGGCGCUCAUCCAGCACUGCGUGCCGCCGCAGCGGAGCUUCCCGCUGGAGCGCGGGCUGGCGCCGCCGUGGUGGCCGACCGGGAAGGAGGCCUGGUGGGGCUCCCAGGGCGAGGUCCAGGCGCACCAGGGCGCGCCGCCGUACCGGAAGCCGCACGACCUCAAGAAGGCGUGGAAGAUCUCGCUGCUGAGCUCGGUGAUCAAGCACAUGAGCCCGCGCUUCGACCAGAUGCGCAAGCUCGUGUGGCAGUCCAAGCGCCUGCAGCAGAGGAUGAGCGCCAAGGAGACGGAGACGUGGUCCAAGAUCCUCCGCCAGGAGGAGACGCUCAGCCGACGCCUCAAGAGCUCGCUCAGGAUCACGCCCCUUGACGGCGACGACGAUGACGACAUGGACCGAGACGGCCUGGAGGACGUAGUCCGCGGUGUGCAGGACAAGCGCAAGCGCGAGCUGAUAAGUAGCAGCAGCGGAGGGCGCGCCGAGCUGGUGGCGGAUGAGAACCCGAUCGACGAACUCCUGAAGCGUCACUACAACCUCGUGCCUGAUCAGCACGGGAUCGUCGUCGCGCCGGAGAACGAUGCGGGAGAGCUCGACCUGCUGUACGGUGUCGUCGACGACGUGCCGCCGGACGUGCUCUUCGAUCUCAUCGCGAGCUGUUCGGGAGCCGACGACGCGUUCCGCCUGAUCCUGGACUGAGCAGUGGCUCAGCUUGUUGGUCCAGGCGUCGCUACGCAGUUGGCAUGGAUGGGCGGGAGGGAUGACGUGGUGCGUUGUGCUUGUUUCCGUUCCAUUUCUUCUGAGCUUUAUCACGAUGGAGCUUUGAGUCUUUGACGGUGAGUCCUCUGUGACGUGGGUCGUGGGCUGAGUAGAUUUUAGACUGGGCGAGGAACCGGGUAUAAUAGCUUGAUGAGUAAUCAAAAGGACAAAUCGUGCGUGUUCAGAAACGUCAGUCGGGGUGAAUUCGUGACGAACACAUGGUGGUAUCUGAAAUUGGUAAAGUUCAAACGCAUAAUUUCAACAGAA